CUGGCUUGUAUUGCCGUCUUCAAUGUCCGUUGUGCAUACAUAUAUGAUGGUGUUGUUUUCUUUGUUGAACUUUUAUCUUAUAAUUUAAUAUUUUGAUUGACACAUGAAAUAUUAAAAGCACAUAAAUAUUUGACCAUAUAUUAUAGUCAAGAUGGAACAGGAUUUGAAGUCUAAAAUUGAUCAAGCUUGUCGCACUGCAGAAGAAUUUACUAAAUUAUAUUAUGAAUAUUUAGAUAAGCGGAGAUAUUUGAUUUCGAGAAUGUAUAUGGACACUGCUACUCUUGUAUGGAAUGGAAAUGGUGUAACAGGCAAAGAUGACAUACAAAAAUUUUGGACAGAUCUAUUACCUUCCGAACAUACAAUUAAUAUUCUUGAUGCCCAGCCAAUCACAGGUCCAGACGUAACCAGCCAAUUAACGUUUCUCGUCAAGGUCGGUGGUCAAGUGAAGUAUGAUGAAAAGACUCCAAAAUCGUUUAAUCAGACCUUCUUAAUAACGGCUAUGGGCGAUAAAUGGAAAAUUGUAAGCGACUGUCUUCGAGCACAAGAAUUAUUAAAUAGCAAUAUAAGUUAAUUAUAUUAUAUCAAAUAGGUGUAUUAAAUAAUUAUAAUAAAUGUAUUAUUUUAUCUAUGAUGUAUAAUUUUUAAAAAUUUCUCUUCUGUAAUGUGGAAUACAUAUAAAUACAUCUUAUUCAUUUGCUAUAAGAAUGAUA